AGAAGUGCUGCAAAAAACAUGUUGGUUCCAUUUGCCUUAUUCCACUGUUAAAAUUGCCUGAAGUCUUGGUAAGUCCACCAUUGUGCACUUUACUUUUAUAGGGUGUGUGCUUUGAGUUGUUAUUAUGGGAGUGCAUGGACUUUGGAGACUCCUGGAGACUACAGGAAAACCCACCAACCCCGAGACACUGGAAGGAAAGAUUCUUGCUGUUGACAUCAGUAUAUGGCUGAACCAGGCAGUGAAGGGGGUGAGGGACCGUGAAGGCAACAGCGUCCAGAACGCCCACCUCCUCACUCUGUUCAACCGCAUCUGUAAGCUGCUCUUUUUUCGCAUUAGACCGGUGUUUGUGUUCGAUGGAGAUGCUCCUAUGCUGAAGAAGCAGACCCUGGCUCUGAGGAGGCAGAGGAAAGAGGAGCUGACCACUCAGUCCAAACAGACCAAUGAGAAACUUCUGAAGACCUUUCUGAAGAGACAAGCUAUCAAAGCUGCACUUGGAGAUCAUAGUAAGGACCCUCUACCAAGCCUCUCCAGUGUGAAAAGAAAUGAAGUGGACGACAUGUAUGUCCUACCCGCCCUUCCACCCACAGAGGAAAAGGAAAGAAGCAGCUCAGAAGAGGAUGAGGAGGGGAAAGACAGUGACGAAAUGGUUGAAACAUACCAGGAAGAACUGUAUGAGAAUCCAAACUCGGUGGACAUAAACUCAGAGGAUUUUACCAGCCUGCCUCCUGAGAUGAAACACGAGAUACUCAAAGAGAUGAAAGAAUUUUGCAAAAGACGUCGGACCAUGUUUAACAAACCUCCUGAGCGUUCCGGAGACUUUUCGCAGUACCAACUGGCUGGCCUGCUGCAGAGGAACCGGCUGAACCAGCGUCUGGAGGGAGUUGAGAAGGAGAUGAGCCAGUGCAGUGCCGGCAGCGCUCCACAACUCGGUCAGCAGGAUGAGGAUCAGCAGAAUCGCAGCGUGGAGUCAAAGCGGCUGGUUUCAGAAGACAACUCGCACUACAUACUUAUAAAAGGCUCCAAAAAAAACGAACCAGCCUUACAGAGCCAACCUGCAGCUGCACCCUGGACAAGUUCUAGAAAGAGGAAAGCUGACAAACCCGAGCCUCUCUGGCGACCCAUCACUGAAGAAGAAGGCGACGAAGAAGAGGAUGUACGACCUACCUGCUCAGACGCCGUCAACCCACCUGUGUCAAAACCAUCACAACCAGACACAUCUCCGCCUUCGCCUCGGACACUCAAGGCAAUCCAGGCUGCUAUGAGUGACAGCUCAGAUGAAGAGAAGCUGAAUCCAGAUAGCAAGGAUGGCAAAGUGUCUCCACGGACACUCCUCGCAAUCCAGCAGGCAUUAACUGAGGAUGAAGUAAGUGUCUCACUGUCCAAACUGCAGACAAGUCCCCAGCGUCCCGCGCGGCGAGUGGUGAUCAGUAGCUCCAAUGAGGAGACAAAGCCUUCCCUUAAGGAAGAGUCGGACUUCAGUCAAAGCGCCACAGAUUUUCGCUCUGCGGCACUUCGACAAAAUCCCACAACAGCGAUGGAGUCAGAGGUGGAGCGCGUCAGGGAAGGGGAGAAACAAAAAGAGCUGGAGCCGAGAGAACCUGAGCACAAGCUGCACGCUUCUCAAUCUAAUCAGGAGUUAUCCAUCAGCUCUCCUUCGCUUCCAAGUGGGAAACAGGCCAGCGCAGAGACGGAGCAGAGACUCCUAGAUAAGAGCAAGCAUGGACUCACCGGUGGCCUGGCAAAAGCCGACAGAGACGACGUAAAGUCAGGGAACAGCCAGCAGGAAAGCGACUCAGAAGAGAGCUUCAUUGAGGUGUCCGAGGAAGAAUUUAAGCAGGAGGAUGCAAAUGAUUCAGCAGGAGAAAAGAGGAUUUUAGAAGAGGUCCAGGAAGAUGAGACAAAAACUGAAGAAGAGUCUGAGGAAAGUUUGACUCAGGUUGUUGGUCAUCCAGCUCUGAGCUCAGACAAGGAGGAUGAGGAGGAGGGAGAGCAGAGGAAAGCUCAGGAAAAAGAGGUGAAGGACGACAUGGAAUCCAAACCAACAGCAGAAAACAACGAGUGGGAACACCUCGACAUGGACGAGCUGGAGGCUCUGGAGAGCUCGCUGCAGCUGGAGCAGAGCAACCUGAGGGAGCAGAAGCAGCAGCAGGAGCGGAUGGCGAACACAGUCACGGGGCAGAUGUACCUGGAGAGCCAGGAGCUGCUGCGGUUGUUCGGCGUGCCGUUUUUGGUGGCUCCCAUGGAGGCCGAGGCUCAGUGCGCGGCGUUGGACCGCGCCGACCAGACAAACGGAACCAUCACAGACGACUCUGACGUGUGGCUGUUUGGAGGACGACACGUUUACAGGAACUUCUUCAGCCAGAACAAAUAUGUUGAGCACUACCAGUACAGCGAUCUGCAGAGCCAGUUAGGUCUGGACAGAACAAAGAUGAUCAAUCUGGCUUAUCUGCUUGGAAGUGACUACACAGAGGGUGUUGCAGGAGUGGGAUAUGUUACUGGCAUGGAGAUACUGAAUGAGUUUCCAGGGCCAGGACUGGAGCCACUAAUACAGCUUAGUAAUUGGUGGUGUGAGGCUCAGGAGAAGAAGCGUCUGACCGAUAAUCCCAGAGAUACGAAGGUGAAGAAGAAGCUGAGGGAACUGAAACUUCAGCCUGGCUUCCCCAACCCUGCGGUGGCUCAGGCUUACCUUCAGCCUGCUGUUGAUCCGUCCCAGGCCUCCUUCAGCUGGGGCCGCCCCCAACUCGACAUGAUCAAAGAGUUCUGUCUCAGUCGUUUUGGCUGGAGCAGCAGAAAGACGGAGGAGACUCUCCAACCUGUGAUCAAACAGCUCAACAACCAGCAGACUCAGCUCCGAAUAGACUCAUUCUUCCGCUUGGAGCAGCAGGAAAAGCAGGCGAUCCGCAGCCAGCGACUCCGCCGAGCCGUCACCUGCAUGAAGAGAAAGGAGAGGGAAGGAGGGGAAGGUGAAAGUAGCGAAGAAGAACUGCCUUCCCCAUCCAAAUCCAGGAAAGGAAAUCUAAAAAACACAGAAGGACAGAAAGAGGAGGAGCCUCCUGUCGCAGGUGGAGGUUUCUUAGCUCCAAAGUCGAAUUCUGAAUCUCCUUUUACAUCCCUCAGGGAUUUCUGUAGUCCAGGUCAGGAAUCCUUCACAGCAACAGCUGCUCACCAGUCUACUAAAAAACUACCUCAGAAGGCCAGCAGGAAGAGCAGCAGCAGCUCCAGUGAAGACAGCGACGAAGGGAGGGCCGUUGCGAUGGUUACAGCCCGAUCUGUGUUUGAGGCCAACAGACGAGGCCGAGGAGGAAAACGCACAAGAGGAAGAGGAAAGAAGCUUUAAGAUGCUCAACUUUUACAUAAAUGUUCUAAAUGUGAUACUCAAUGUGAAACCAACUGAAAAUUUCUGAAAAUAAAUGAACUGAGAGUUUUCUGUAAUAUGCAUUAUGUUUUUUUAUAAACACUGAAACUAGUGGGAAUAUUUUGACUACUUUGGAGAUAUGAGAGAAAUGUUACUCUGCAUUAAAAAAAAUUAUUUUUCCCUAAA